AUGGCGGACCGCCACGCUCCGAUCGCCGCUGCUGCGCUGCAAGUGCCCGUCCUGCCCUUGGACGAUGACGUGCUUUUCCCGCGGACGUACCUCCGUCUCGCGAUCACGUCGUUCUCCUCGAUACAGCUGCUCAAGGAUUUGGUCUCGGAGGCUCGCGCUUCCAAGUCUCCGCGACGCAAAAAGGGCGACACAACGUCUCCGUUGCUUACGCUCGCGUUGUUUACUCGUCGCAGCAGCAAAGAGGACGAGCGGGACGGCCUAAAGAUCGCGCAACCGACGGCACAGGCGAAAGAUGCGCUCUACCGCACCGGGACGUUGGCCCGCAUUGUGCAGCUCACGCGUAUGCAGAACGGAGAGGUAGGGCUCUUGGUCCUGGUACAGGGACUACACAGAGUGCAUCUGCAAGACGUGUCUCAGACGAAGCCAUACCUCGUGGGCGGCGUGCAGCAACUAGUGGCUCCAGAACCUGUCCUGGGGAAUUCGACGGACGGGACGGACCUGCGCCACUUCGCACUGAGGCUGACGGAGCUGACACGACUGUAUCUGGAGGUGACUUCAAGUACGCUUGCACCACGCUGCAAAAGUGCCCUCGUGGACGCCAUUGACACCAUGUCAGCGGAAGAGCUGGCAGACGUGGUGGUGUCGUACUUGAAGGUGGACGUCAAGGAGAAGCAAGCCGUGCUGGAAGUGGUGCCUGCUGCCUGUCGUUGCAAACGGGCAGUGGCUUUGCUAGAGCGGGAGACGGAGAAGGCAAAGCUACAGCGCAAGAUCCAGAGUGAGGUGCAGGACAAGCUUGAGAGUACUCGCAAAGAGUUUUUGCUGCGGCAACAGCUUGAAGCAAUAAAGAAAGAGCUGGGUAAAGCGGGGGGCGAUGGCGUCGGAGGAGACAAUGAUGGCGACAUUGAGUUGCUGGAGGACCGAUUGAAUGCACUGAACCUCGGGCCGAAGGCUGCAAAGAUUGCACAGCGUGAGCUUCGACGACUAAAGAGCAUGACUGCGAUGCAGCCAGAGUACGGCAUUUUGCACAGCUAUUUGGAGUUUUUUCUAGAGCUGCCGUGGAGCACUUCCACAGCUGAUUCGCUGGUGGUUGAUCAGGUGCGCAAACAGCUUGACGCAGACCACUACGGCUUAGACAAGGUGAAGAAACGGAUCACCGAGUACGUUGCGGUUCGGAGCCUCAAGCGUGAUAUGCACGGACCCAUUCUGUGUCUAGUUGGACCUCCCGGCGUUGGUAAAACAUCGCUCGGACGCUCAAUCGCUGCCGCCACGAAUCGAAAAUUCGAGCGGGUGGCGCUCGGUGGAGUUCACGACGAGUCGGAGAUCCGAGGACAUCGUAAAACGUACGUUGGUGCUAUGCCCGGGAGCAUUCUGAAUGCCCUUCGUCAUGCAGAGAGCAGAAAUCCCGUGCUGCUGCUGGAUGAGGUGGACAAGCUGGGUAAGGAUCUUCGCGGAGACCCGGCUAGCGCUUUGCUCGAGGUGUUGGAUCCUCAUCAAAACGACACGUUCACCGACCACUACCUGAACGUGCCUUUCGACCUGAGUCGUAUAUUAUUUUUGGCCACAGCUAACAGCUUGGACACGAUCCCACGACCUUUGCUUGAUCGCAUGGAAGUCAUUGAACUCAGUGGGUAUAGCGUGGAGCAGAAGGUGGAAAUCGCUCGACGCUAUCUCUUGCCGCAGCAAAUCGAAGCCAACGGUUUACGAACAGACAUGGUCCGUAUCUCGGACGAAGCUUUGCGCCACCUCAUUAUGCGAUACACCCGUGAGGCUGGGGUACGUGACUUGGAACGGCGAAUUGGUGCGCUUUGUCGUGGUGUUGCUGUCAGUGUUGUGCGCGACAUGGACAACGAUCAAAAUGAGGUGCGGCAAGCUAACGAAGAUGACAACAGUGUUCGGCUGGCGAAAAUGGACAACGUCCACAUUGACAAAAGGAUGCUCUAUCGAAUGCUUGGACAUGAGUUGGUUUUUAACGAAGUUGCAUUGCGCUCAAGUGUUCCUGGAGUAGCAACAGGAAUGUCAUGGAGCUCGGCGGGUGGGUCCAUCCUUUUCGUUGAAGCUUCUUGUAGGCGAAGUGCGUCCAGUGAGAAGGGCUUGGUGACUUCUUCUUCUUCAGUCGCUUCUUCUCCAGUCGCUCCUUCUCUGCAGCUAACUGGAAAGCUCGGCGACGUAAUGAAAGAGUCGGCACAGCUUGCUCUCUCCUGGUUGCUCGUGAACGCUCACCUUGUGGAGCUUCCGCAUGCGGAAAUGAGCCCAGCGGCGUUGUUAGAACCACGAUCGCUAUAUCUGGACAACAUCGCAAGCGUGCACGUCCACUUUCCGGAAGGAGCUGUUCCGAAGGAUGGCCCGUCUGCUGGUGGCGCUAUUAUCUGCGCUCUGUUAUCAGCGGUUUCGGGGAUUCCGGUUCCCGUUGACAUCGCUAUGACAGGAGAAAUUACCUUGCGCGGCGUGAUUCUUCCGGUCGGAGGUAUCCGCGAAAAGGUGCUCGCAGCUAUUCGUGCUGGCAUUACGCGAGUAGUUUUACCUCGAGCGAACGAGAGCGAGGUUGAAGAGCUGCGCGCUGAGUUUGCGCGUGUUCAUAAUGGCGAUACACGAGGUCGAGAUGUUCACACAGAUCGGGUCCAACUGCUGUUCGUAAGUGACCUGCGCGAGCUCGUUCAGCUUGUUUUCCAAGCGAAGAUUCGCGAAGAGUUGAGUGUGCAGCAGCUUAGGAAAACCUGCUCGAACGAAGACGUGGACAACGCGUCUGACCCUGGGCUACUUAGCAUGCUUUAG